AUGGGGGACGCGUUCAGGGAGCGCACAGCUAGGCUGCUGACGGACUACCUGGAGUACUGCGCCAGCGAGCGCGGCACCCCCGUGCGGGCGCCGUCCACGCCCGAGGCCGCCGCGCCCGUGGCCGCCUGGAAACAGAAGACCAACCUGCACUUCUUGUCGCAGUACCGCGGCUUCCGCGGGAACCGCGUCGAGCUGGUGGCCUGGAUGGCGCAGGAGCUAGUCGCCAACAACCGUGGCGGCCCCAGCUGGGGCCGCGUGGCAGCGCUCGUGACCUUCGCGGGGACGCUGCUGGAGAGGCCGCCGCGGGGGGCCCUUAGGCGGAAGAAGACGGAGAAUGAAGACGUUAGCAGAGACUGCCGGUUCCUGGUGGCCUUGCUGUGUGCUCAGCUCUCCGGACGGCACCGCGCCUGACUGAUGGCGAACGGCGGCUGGGUCCUGUGUUUUUGCCAGGAGUAUUCCAACUCUUUGAGUUCUUUUGCCACUGGGAAUAGAAUCUGGAGAGGAUGUUUUGCCUUCCCAAAGGGAGCCUGCCUUGAAGAGAAGAGCUCACAGGACAGAGGGACUGCAUUUGUUCUGGGAAGCUGUUACAUGCUAUCUGCCUUUUAUGUAUUUGGGACAACAGUACAGAGACUUUUUAUAUUUUUGUUAAUGCUAAUAAAAUAGGCCACACAAAAAUGAUAAAAACAAAAAAAAUAGCAUUUUUAGGGUGAGAAGUAAAUAAUAUUUAGUUCUCCAGAGAUUAAAAACCUAAAAGACAAGUUCAUUAGCAUACCAUUCUGCCCAGUAGUCAGACAAGCAGGGAGUAGAAGGGCUUUGGGUUCAGGGGUGAGGGGAUUCGUCUAAAGUCAGUUGCUCUUCUACAACGAGGUAUCACCUCACACCAGUCAGUAUGGCCAUCAUUAAAAAGUCUACAGAUAGCAAAUGCUGGAGAAGAUGUGGAGAAAGGGAACCCUCCUACACUGUUGGUGUGAAAGUAAAUUGGUGCAGCCACUAUGGAGAACAGUAUGCAGGUUCCUCAGAAAACUAAAAAUAGACUUGCCAUAUGAUCAUGCAAUCCCACUCCUUGGCAUAUAUCCAGAGAAAACUAAUUCAAUAAGAUACAUGCAACCCUGUGUUCAUUGCAGCACUAUUUACAAUAGCCAAGACAUGGAAGCCAACUAAAUGUCCACUGACAGAGGAAUGGCUAAAGAACUUGUGGCACAUAUAUACAAUGGAAUAUUACUCAGCCAUAAAAAAAUAAUGCCAUUUGCAGCAACAACCGUGAACCUAGAGAUGAUACUAAGUGAAGUAAGUCACAAAGAGAAAUACCAUGUGAUAUCACUUAUAUGUGGAAUCUCAAAUACAACACAAAUGAACUUAUCUACAAAAUGGAAAUAGACUCACGCCAAGACACAUAGUAAUCAAAUUGGCAAAACUUAAAGACAAAGAAAAAUUAUUGAAAACAACAAGGGAAAAACGACAAAUAAUACACAAGGGAAAUCCCAUAAGGUUAACAGCUGAUUUCUCAUCAGAAACUCUACAAGCCAGAAGGGAGUGGCAUGAUAUACUUAAAGUGAUGAAAGGGAAGAACCUACAACCAAGAUUACUCUACCCACCAAGGUUCUCAUUCAGAUUCAAUGGAGAAAUCAAAAGCUUUACAGACAGGCAAAAGCUAAGAGAAUUCAGCACCACCAAACCAGCUCUACAACAAAUGCUAAAGGAACUUCUUUAGUGGGAAACACAAGAGAAGAAAAGGACCUGCGAAAACAAACCCAGAACAAUUAAGAAAAUGGUCAUAGGAACAUACAUAUCUAUAAUUACCUUAAACGUGAAUGGAUUAAAUGCUCCAACCAAAAGACACAGGCUUGCUGAACAUAUACAAAAACAAGACCCAUAUAUAUGCUGUCUACCAGAGACCCACUUCAGACCUAGGGACACAUACAGACUGAAAGUGAGGGGAUGGAAAAAGAUUUCCAUGCAAAUGGAAAUCAAAAGAAAGCUGGAGUAGCUAUACUCAUAUCAGAUAAAAUAGACUUUAAAAUAAAGACUAUUAGAAGAGACAAAGAAGGACACUACAUAAUCAAGGGAUCAAUCCAAGAAGAAGAUAUAAUGAUGAUAAAUAUAUAUAUGCACCCAACAUAGGAGCACCUCAAUACAUAAGGCAACUGCUAACAGCUAUAAAAGAAGAAAUCAACAGUAACACAAUAAUACUGGGGGACUGUAACACCUCACUUACAUCAAUGGACAGCUCAUCCAAAAUGAAAAUAAAUAAACAGAAGCUUUAAAUGACACAAUAGACCAGAUAGAUUUAACUGAUAUUUAUAGGACAUUCUAUCCAAAAACAGCAGAUUACACUUUUUUCUCAAGUGCACAUGGAACAUUCUCCAGGAUAGAUCACAUCUUGGGUCACAAAUCAAGCCUUGGAAAAUUUAAUAAUAUUGAAAUCAUAUCAAGCAUCUUUUCUGACCACAACACUAUGAGAUUAGAAAUGAAUUACAGGGAAAAAACACAAACACAUGGAGGCUAAACAAUAUGUUACUAAACAACCAAGAGAUCACUGAAGAAAUCAAAAAAUACCUAGAGACAAAUGACAAUGAAAACACGACGAUGCAAAACAUAUGGGAUGCAGCAAAAGCAGUUCUAAGAGGGAAGUUUACAGCUGUACAAGCCUACCUCAAGAAACAAGAAAAAUCUAAAGUAAAGAAUCUAACCUUACACCUAAAGGAACUAGAGAAAGAACAAACGAAACCCAAAGUUAGCAGAAGGAAAGAAAUCAAAGAUCAGAGCAGAAAUAAAUGAAAAAGAAAUGAAGGAAAUGAUAGCAAAGAUCAAUAAAACUAAAAGCUGGUUCUUUGAGAAGAUAAAAAAAUUGAUAAACCAUUAGCCAGACUCAUCAAGAAAAAAAGGGAGAAGACUCAAAUCAAUAGAACUAGAAAUGAAAAAGAAGUUACGACACCGCAGAAAUACAAAGGAUCAUGAGAGAUAACUACAAGCAACUCUAUGCCAAUAAAAUGAACAACCUGGAAGAAAUGGACAAAUUCUUAGAAGUGCACAAGCUUCCAAGACUGAACCAGGAAGAAAUAGAAAAUAUGAACAGACCAAUCACAAGCACUGAAAUUGAAACUGUGAUAAAAAAUCUUCCAACAAACAAAAGCCCAGGACCAGAUGGCUUCACAGGCGAAUUCUACCAAACAUUUAGAGAGGAGCUAACAUCUAUCCUUCUCAUUCUCUUCCAAAAUAUAGCAGAGGGAGGAACACUCCCAAACUCAUUCUACAAGGCCACCAUCACCCUGAUACCAAAACCAAAGAUACUACAAAAAAGAAAAUUACAAACCAAUAUCACUGAUGAAUAUAGAUGCAAAAAUCCUCAACAAAAUACUAGCAAACAGAAUCCAACAGCACAUUAAAAGGAUCAUACACCAUGAUCAAGUGGGGUUUAUCUCAGGAAUGUAAGCAUUCCUCAAUAUAUGCAAAUCAAUCAAUGUGAUACAAUAUAUUAACAAAUUGAAGGAGAAAAUCCAUAUUAUCAUCUGAAUAGAUGCAGAGAAAGCUUUCAACAAAAUUCAAAACCCAUUUAUGAUAAAAACCCUGCAGAAAGUAGGCAUAGAGGGAACUUUCCUCAACAUAGUAAAGGCCAUAUAUGACAAACCCACAGCCAACAUCGUCCUCAAUGGUGAAAAACUGAAACCAUUUCCACUAAGAUCAGGAACAAGACAAGGUUACCCACUCUCACCACUAUUAUUCAAUAUAGUUUUGGAAGUCCUAGCCAUGGCAAUCAGAGAAGAAUAGGAAAUAAAAAGAAUCCAAAUCAGAAAAGAAGAAGUAAAGCUGUCACUGUUUGCAGAUGACAUGAUACUAUACAUAGAGAAUCCUAAAGAUGCUACUAGAAAACUACUAGAGCUAUGAAUUUGGUAAAGUAACAGGAUACAAAAUUAAUGCACAGAAAAUCUCUAGCAUUCCUAUAUACUAAUGAUGAAAAAUCUGAAAGUGAAAUUAGGAAAACACUCCCAUUUACCACUGCAACAAAAAGAAUAAAAUAUCUAGGAAUAAACCUACCUAAGGAGACAAAAGACCUGUAUGCAGAAAAUUAUAAGACACUGAUGAAAGAAAUUAAAUAUGAUACACACAGAUGGAGAGAUAUACCAUGUUCUUGGAGUGGAAGAAUCAAUAUUGUGAAAAUGACUCUACUAUCCAAAGCAAUCUGCAGAUUCAAUGAAAUCCCCAUCAAACUACCACUGGCAUUUUUAACAGAACUAAAACAAAAAAAAUUUCACAAUUUGUAUGUCAAUGCAAAAGACCCCAAAUAGCCAAAGCAAUCUUGAGAAAGAAAAACAGAGCUGGAGGAAUCAGGCUCCCUGACUUCAGACUAUACUACAAAGCUACAGUAAUCAAGACAGUAUGGUACUGGCAAGAAACAGAAAUAUAGAUCAGUGGAACAGGAUAGAAAGCCCAGAGAUAAACCCACACACAUAUGGUCACCUUAUCUUUGAUAAAGGAGGCAGAAAUGUACAGUGGAGAAAUGACAGCCUCUUCAGUAAGUGGUGCUUUGAUAACUGGACAGGUAUAUGUAAAAGUAUGAGAUUAGAUCAAUCCCUAACACCAUACACAAAAAUAAGCUCAAAAUGGAUUAAAGAACUAAAUGUAAGGCCAGACACUAUAGAACUCUUAGAGGAAAACAUAGGCAGAACACUCUAUGACAUAAAUUAUAGCAAGAUCCUUUUUGACCCACCUCCUAGAGAAAUGGGAAUAAAAAAAAAAAUAAACAAAUGGGACCUAAUGAAACUUCAAAGCUUUUGCACAACAAAGGAAACCAUAAACAAGACCCAAAGGCAACCCUCAGAAUGGGAGAAAAUAUUUGCAAAUAAAACAACUGACAAAGGAUUAAUCUCCAAAAUUUACAAGAAGCUCAUGCAGCUCAAUAUCAAAAAACAAACAACCCAAUCCAAAAAUGGGCAGAAGACCUAAAUAGACAUUUCUCCAAAGAAGAUAUACAGAUGGCCAACAAACACCUGAAAGAAUGCUCAACAUCAUUAAUCAUUAGAGAAAUGCAAAUCAAAACUACAAUGAGAUAUCAUCACACCGGUCAGAAUGGCCAUCAUCAAAAAAUCUACAAACAAUAAAUGCUGAAGAGGGUGUGGAGAAAAGGGAACCCUCCUGCACUGUUGGUGGGAAUGUAAAUUGAUACAGCCACUAUGGAGAUUCCUUAAAGAACUAAAAAUAGAAUUACCAUAUGACCCAGCAAUCCCACUACUUGGCAUAUAUCCAGAGAAAACCAUAAUUCAAAAAGACACAUGCACCCCAGUGUUCAUUGCAGCACUAUCUACAAUAGCCAGGUCAUGGAAGCAACCUAAAUGCCCAUAGACAGACGAAUGGAUAAAGAAGUUGUGGUACAUAUAUACAAUGGAAUAUUAGUCAGCCAUGAAAAAGAACGAAAUUGUGUCAUUUGUAGUGACGUGGAUGGAUCUAGAUACUAUCAUACAGAGUGACAAGUCAGAAGGAGAAAAACAAAUAUUGUAUAUUAACGCAUAUAUGUGGAACCUAGAAAAUGGUACAGGUGAACUGGUUUGCGGGGCAGAAAUUGAGACACAGAUGUAGAGGACAAAUGUAUGGACACAAGGGCGGAAA